GGAGCUUUAAGAUGGGCAAAAGGAAGUUCAGCGGGCUGGAGAUCAGCCUGAUCGUCCUCUUCUGCAUAGUAACAAUCAUAUGCUGUGUCCUCAUUGGGCUUUUGGCAUCAGGAGAGUCUGGAACCAAAUAUGAAGAUUUUUACCCACAAUGCCCGAACAUAGGAAACGAGAAGAGGAUUGACUGCAUCCCAGAUCAAUUGGCAACAAAGACAAUCUGCUCCCUCCGUGGCUGCUGCUGGAGCCCCCUGAGCGACACCAACGUGCCCUGGUGCUUCUUCCCCUCAAACCAGGGGUACAAAGUGGGGUCAAAAAAAUCAACCAAGGCAGGAUUUGAGGCUACGUUGAACAGGCUGCCAUCACCUUCCCUCUUCGGAAACGACAUCCAGACCGUUCUGCUCACGGGGGAGUAUCAGACACCAAAUCGCUUCCGAUUCAAGAUCACUGAUCCUAAAACACAAAGGUUUGAAGUCCCCCACGAGCAUGUGAAAGCAUUCACUGGAUCUGCAGCCUCCAACCUGAAGUACAGCGUGACACUGAAGGAGAACCCCUUUGGCCUCGUGCUGACCAGACUGAGCAAUGGCAAAGUGCUGUUUGACACCACCAUAGGCCCCCUGAUAUAUGCUGACCAGUUCUUACAGCUCUCAAUCCAGCUGCCCAGCAGCAACAUUUACGGGGUGGGGGAGCACGUGCACAAGCAGUACCGGCACGACGUCAACUGGAAAACCUGGCCCAUGAUGAGCAGGGACAUCGGCCCCUCUGGAGAAAUGCACAAUUUAUAUGGAGUUCAAACUUUCUUCCUGUGUUUGGAAGACAACACUGGAGCCUCCUUUGGUGUUUUCUUAAUGAAUAGCAAUGCCAUGGAGUUUGUGGUGCAGCCUGCUCCAGCAGUGACCUACAGAACCAUUGGUGGGAUCCUGGAUUUCUACAUCAUCCUGGGGGACACUCCAGAGCAAGUAGUGCAGGAGUACCUGCAGUUCGUGGGAUUGCCAAUGUUUCCCUCCUACUGGAGCCUGGGCUUCCAGCUGAGCCGCUGGAAUUACGGCUCCCUGGACGAGGUGGUGCAGGUGGUGAAGAGGAACAGGGCCAUUGGACUCCCUUACGAUGCCCAGAUCACUGACAUUGACUACAUGGAGGCAAAGAAAGAUUUCACUUAUGACGGAGAGAAGUUUAAAGAUCUCCCUAACUUUGCAGAGUAUAUGCACAACUACGGACAAAAAUAUAUUAUCAUAUUGGAUCCUGCCAUUAGCACACAAAGUCUAACAAAUGGAAGUGCAUAUGGAAGCUACGUCAGGGGAACAGAGAAAAAAGUCUGGAUUAAUGACACAGAUGGAGUAACACCCUUAGUUGGGGAGGUGUGGCCAGGGGAAACUGUGUUCCCAGACUUCACCAACCCAGACUGCAUCAGCUGGUGGGCAGAAGAAUGUAAAUUGUUUCAUGACACGGUGCCAUACGAUGGAAUCUGGAUUGAUAUGAAUGAAGUAUCCAACUUCGUUCAAGGCUCAAAAAAUGGGUGUGAACAGAAUGACUUAAACUACCCUCCUUACACUCCCAGAAUUGUUGACAGGAUGAUGUUUUCCAAGACGUUGUGCAUGGAUGCAGUGCAGAAGUGGGGGAAGCAUUAUGAUGUCCACAAUCUUUAUGGAUAUUCCAUGGGCAUAGCAACACAGAAAGCCAUCGAGAGAGUGUUUCCUGGAAAGAGGAGCUUCAUGAUUUCAAGGUCUACUUUUGUGGGAUCAGGAAAGCAAACAGGACACUGGCUGGGAGAUAAUGCAGCAACGUGGGAUCACUUAAGAUGGGCGAUACCUGGAAUGCUGGAGUUCAACCUCUUUGGAAUGCCUUAUAUUGGAGCAGACAUUUGUGGCUUCUUUGACAACACCACAGAAGAACUUUGCAGACGCUGGAUGCAAGUGGGAGCGUUUUACCCCUUUUCCAGGAAUCACAAUGCUGAAGGAUACAUAUCUCAAGACCCAGCUGUGUUUGGAGCUGACUCGGUGCUGGUGACCAGCUCCAAGCACUACCUGAACAUUCGCUACACGCUGCUGCCCUACCUGUACACGCUCUUUUACAAAGCUCACAUCCGAGGAGACACAGUGGUGCGGCCACUUCUGCACGAGUUCUACAAAGAGGAGGCAACAUGGGACAUCAGCAGACAGUUCCUCUGGGGUCCUGGGCUGAUGAUUUCCCCUGCACUUGACCCGGGUGUGGAUUACACUACUAUCUACUUACCUGAUGCAAUGUGGUAUGAGUUUGAGACGGGCUAUCCAAUCUUUUUGAGGAAACAAUGGUUCCGUUUAUAUACACCAGCAGACAAAAUCGGAGUCCAUUUGAGAGGAGGAUACAUUUUCCCUGUCCAAAACCCAGGCAACACGACAGUUGCAAGUCGCAAGAACCCAAUGGGACUUAUAAUUGCCCUGGAUGAUAAUUAUAAUAAUGCUACUGGGGACUUGUUCUGGGAUGAUGGGGAAUCUACAGGUACCAUUGAGAAUAAAAACUACCUUUUCUAUGAGUUUACAUGUUCUGAUAAUACUCUGCUCAUGAAUGUUGUAUUCAACAACUACACUGAUCCAAACAACUUGAAAUUUGAAGAAAUCAAGAUAUUUGGAGUGCGCCGGGAAAUAACAUCAGUCACCGUGUAUCACAAUGAUGCUGUGCAAGAUUUUCCACUUAAUGUCACCUACAAUUCUUUAUACUGGACUGCCAGUAUAACAGGACUUGAGCUUGAACUGGGAAAAUCUUACACAGUAAAAUGGGAGCAAGGCACAACUUUCGCAGAAAGGUUUGAUUGUUAUCCCAGUCCUGAUCCAACACAAGAAAAAUGUGAACAACUUGGCUGUACCUGGGAACAAACGAUAAAUCCGGACGUCCCUCCCUGCUACUACAGCUCUGACAACCCUUACUACCUAGAGAACAUCCAAGAGUCCUCCACAGGGGUUGUGGCUGACCUGACUUUGGACAGUGCCAGGAUCAGAGCUAAUGAGGCUGCCACUACUCCCAUCAGCACCCUACGCCUGGAGGUCACAUAUCACCUCGACAACAUGCUGCAGUUCAAGAUCUAUGAUCGUGCAAACCCACGAUAUGAGGUUCCAAUCCCACUAAAUCUCCCCAGCUCCCCAACAGACUCAAACCAGAACCGACUUUAUGAAGCAUCCCUUGAUUUAAAACCCUUUGGAAUAAAAAUCCAGCGCAAGAGCACAGGGACAGUCAUCUGGAAUUCAGCCCUGCCCACCUUCACCUUCAGCGACAUGUUCAUCCAGAUUUCCACCCUCUUGGCAUCCGAGUACAUCUACGGAUUAGGGGAGACUGAAAAACCCACAUUCCGAAACGACAUCAACUGGCAAACCUGGGGGAUGUUCACCAGGGAUCAGCCUCCUACUUACCAGCUGAAUUCCUAUGGUUAUCAUCCAUUUUACAUGGCUCUUGAAAACGAUGGCAAUGCCCACGGGGUUUUCUUGCUUAACAGCAAUGCAAUGGAUGUGACUUUCCAGCCAACCCCUGCCCUGACCUACCGGACAACCGGAGGAAUUCUUGACUUCUACGUGUUUUUGGGCCCGACGCCGGAGAUGGUUGUCCAGCAGUACACGGCACUGAUUGGACGGCCGGUCAUGCCAGCCUACUGGUCCUUGGGAUUCCAGUUGUGCCGCUACGGAUACAGGAAUGACUCAGAGGUCUCCCAGGUGGUGGAGGAGAUGAAGGCAGCUGACAUUCCCCAUGAUGUCCAAUAUGUAGAUAUUGACUACAUGGAGAGGCAACUGGACUUCACCCUUGGCACACGCUUUGCUGGAUUACCAGCUCUGGUGAACAGAAUCAAAGCAGAUGGAAUGAGAUUCAUCAUCAUCCUGGAUCCAACCAUUUCUGGAAAUGAAACCACUUAUCCUACAUUCGAAAGAGGUGUGACCGAUGAUGUCUUCAUGAAACGGCCUAAUUCCGAUGAAAUUAUAUAUUCCAAGGUCUGGCCAUUUCUUCCUAAUGUAGUAGUUAAUGAGUCCCUGCCUGAGCAAACCCAGAUAGCGCUCUAUGGAGCACAUGUUGCUUUCCCAGAUUUCUUCCGCAAUUCCACAGCCGCGUGGUGGAAGAGAGAAAUCUUGGAGUACUACAACAAUCCCACCAACCCUGAGAAUAGUAUCAAGUUCGAUGGCCUGUGGACUGACAUGAAUGAACCGGCAACUUUUUAUAACGGUGCCCUUGAUGGCUGCAGAGACGACCUCCUAAACAACCCACCCUACAUGCCUCAUUUGGGAUUCAGGUCACAGGGAUUAAUCGUCAAAACUCCAUGCAUGGAAGGUGUACAGUAUCUCCCAGAUGGGACUGCAGUCAGACAUUUCGAUGUCCACAGCCUUUACGGGUGGUCACAGGCCAAACCUACCUUAGAAGCUUUGCAUGAGGCCACCCAGGAGCGCGGGAUCGUGAUCACCCGUUCCACGUACCCCAGCAGCGGGAGGUGGGCAGGGCACUGGCUGGGGGACAACACGGCAGCCUGGGACCAGCUGGGCACGUCCAUCGUUGGGAUGAUGGACUUCAGUCUCUUCGGAAUAUCUUAUACAGGAGCUGAUAUCUGUGGCUUCUUCAAAGACUCGGAGUAUGAGCUGUGUCUUCGCUGGACGCAGCUGGGUGCAUUUUAUCCAUAUUCCAGGAAUCACAACGAGAAAGGAACAAGGAGGCAAGAUCCUGCUGCCUGGAAUGCAACAUUUGUGGAGGCUUCCAAGAAGGUGCUGAAUAUCAGAUACACCCUGUUACCUUAUCUCUACACACUAUUGCAUGAUGCCCACGUCGACGGCAGCACUGUGGUCCGUCCUGUACUCCAUGAGUUUGUGACAGACAGAAGAACCUGGGACAUACAUGAGCAGUUCCUUUGGGGACCUGCCCUGCUCAUCACCCCUGUGUUGCAACAGAAUGCUGUAACAGUGAGGGGUUACUUGCCCCGUGCCCGCUGGUAUGAUUACUACACUGAUGAAUAUGUUGGCUAUGGGGGGGGACUGUACGAAAAUUUCCCAGCUCCUUUGGAUCAUAUCAACCUGCAUAUCCGAGGUGGAUACAUCCUUCCUUGGCAAAAACCCGCCAGGACAACUUUUUACAGCCGGAAAAACCCAAUGGGACUCACGGUGGCACUGAAUAACAGCCUGAUUGCAGAAGGACACCUUUACUGGGAUGAUGGGGUUAUGAUUGAUGCAUAUGAAAAGGGUGUAUAUCUGAUGACAUCAUUCACUGCUAAUCAGAAUGUUUUAGAUAUCAAGGUUUUGCACGGCGGUUACACUGACCCAAAUAACCUAAAUUUUACUGACAUUAAAGUCCUGGGGGUGACCAGCAGUGUCACUCAGGUGACGGUGUCGCAGAAUGGUGGGACAAUCACAUCACCUCAUGCCUUGAAUUACAACAGCACCAAGCAGCUCCUGACAAUCACUGGGCUUGAGCUGAGAUUAGGUCAGAACUACACCCUGCAAUGGAGCUGAAAUGCCUGUAAAACAACAUCAACCACAACGCUGAAUUUUCUCAUGUUUUGAAACACUCUUUCAGUUUUUCAAAGUGCCUUUUUUUUCCAUCUUGGAAUACUUUUUUAGUACUAUAAAAACACACCAGUACAGUCAGUUCAUAAUCAGGUAUUCUGUGUGUUGAAGGCUGAACUCAGUGUCUCCCCGGGAAGCAAAAUCUGUAUUUUAAACACUGUGGCUCUUCAGAGUAACUUUAUCUUUCAAAACUGAGAACUGAAGGUAAAAUUCUGUGUUUUCUCAUGGAGCAGAAUUGUGGCUGAUUUCCUGAAUCCCAGAUUUUGUAAAUAACACACAGUUGAUGUUACCUCCUGCAUGGAUUUGGGGCCAUAACUGUGCCUAUAUUUAAUUUUAAUUGUAAUUAUACCUAUGUAAGCCACUACUAUGGAGAAGUAUUUAAGACCAGAUAAAGCAAAUGUUUUCAUAUGACUGAUUUAGCAUGAAGCAAUGUUUCAAGUUGUUGAUCUGUAAAAUACUAAGAUAUUUGCAAAAGACACUUGAAGUUGGCGUUUUUUGUAUGAUUUUUUUUAGCCAGAUAUUUUGGUUUCUUGGUGUUUUGACCUGAAGCUGGAAAAUUA